AUGGAAAUUCUCUGCUCAGGAACUCCAAUGAAAAAACAGAUCAUUCAUCUCUCACCAGCAAUGCCUGCCAUGAGCACAGAAACCUUGGUUUGGACCUGCGUUGGCAACUUGACCAUGCAGAAAAAUAUUUUCGAGCUUUUGGUAAGAAACAACAAGUCUGUGAAAGCGACUGAGUGGCUGCUAUGUAACUCAACUUAUGACCUUGAGCCUGCAGCAUUUGCCUUGGCUCCAAAUAUUCUACCUAUAGGUCCACUUUUGGCAAGCAACCAGCCAGGAGAGUCAUCAUCAGUAGGAAAAUUCUUGCCAGAGGACUCAACUUGUUUGAAAUGGCUGGAUCAACAGCCACCAGGCUCAGUGAUAUAUGUUGCAUUCGGAAGUUUCACAAUUUUUGCCCCAACCCAGUUCCAAGAAUUGGCCUUGGGGCUGGAACUCUGCAACAGACCAUUCUUGUGGGUAGUGCGGCCAGCUGACAUCACAGAUGGGAAAAGCAAUGGCUACCCAAGAGAAUUUCAUGACAGAGUAGCCGCUAGUGGGCGGAUGGUGGGAUGGGCGGCGCAGCAGAAGAUUCUGAGCCAUCCGUCAGUUGCUUGCUUCAUAAGCCACUGUGGUUGGAACUCCACCAUGGAAGGUGUAAGCAGCGGGAUCCCAUUCUUGUGCUGGCCUUAUUUUGCCGACCAGUUCCUAAACCAGAGCUAUAUCUGUGAUGUUUGGGAGGUUGGGUUGCGUUUAGAACGAGAUGAAAGUGGCGUCAUAUCACGAGGAGAAAUUGAAAGUAAGGUGGAGCAAAUUCUGAGCAAUGAAAAAUUGAAAGAAAGGGCUUUGGAUCUCAAGAAUAUAGUCAAGACUAGUAUCAAAGAAGGCGGUGGCUCUCACAAUAAUUUGAAGAAUUUCGUUGAAUGGAUGAAAGCAUAG